AAAUAAAUAAAUGGCCAUGAAGUCAGCGCUCUGAGGUUGUGAGAGUGUUAAAAAAGGAUUUCAUUGAGUGGUUGAUGACAUACCAGCUACUGUUUCUCGUUUAAAACGUUGGAAAAUGAACAGUUCGCACAGUGUACAAAAUCAAGUUUGUUAUAAAAUUUCUCGUUUUUGCUUUGAAGUUGAAUAGCUGUCUAUAUUUUGAGACAAAAGAUAAAAAAGCGGCCGAUAAAACUGUGACAGAGUUCGUGUGAAAGAUGGGAAAAUCGGAAGUCCAGUCUUUACCCAUCCACCGUCCCGAACCGAAAUUAUUUUUUAUCCCUAUAACGCCUUGCAAAACCAUGCAUCACAUCAACAUCAUCAACGGCUUGAAAAAUCUGGAUUUGAAAGAAGAAUGCGAAGAUUCGGACGAAGGAGACGAUCAUUCCAAAGGUAUUCCACAAGGUUACGAAACGUAUACGCACCAAAUGGCCGGCCAUGUAAACGACGGAAAAAAUAUCGGUAUGCUAAAGGAAGGGGAUACCGUUUUAAAACCGAUGGUGAAACGAGAAUGCGGCGAAAGGGAACUGUGGUUUUACGAAAAUCUCUCCAAAACGUUAGAUAAAACAAUGUUAGAAUUGAAAAAUUUCGUGCCAAAAUAUUACGGAACUAAAAGCGUUGCUGUGAAUGGUAAAUCGUACGAUUUUAUAGUACUCGAAGAUCUGAUCAAAGAUUUCAAAGAACCCUGUAUAAUGGAUAUCAAAAUCGGUAGGAGAACGUGGGAUCCAAAAGCCUCCUACGAAAAAAUUUGUUCGGAAGAGAGAAAAUAUGAAGACUGUAAAAGACAGCUGGGAUUCUGCAUUCCCGGUUUCCAAGUAUACCAAUUAUCCAAUAACCAAUUGAUUAAAUUCGAUAAAGAAUUUGGUAAAAGUCUCAAUAAAGAGCGAGCCGAAGACGGUAAAUUAUCUUGCGUACCCCAUUUUAUAAUUCUAAUAAUAUUUUUUUCCCCUAUAGCGAUAAGAACCUUCCUAAACAUUGAUGGUACUCGAGUCUGUCGCAGCCUCAUCGUCCAAUUUCUAGCUUCGUUAUGGCAAAUUCAAUAUUGGGCCCGCAAUCAAAGACAAUUCCGACUCUAUUCCUCAUCAAUUCUCCUAGUGUACGACGCUAGGAGAUUGAGAGAAAAGAUGAAGACCAGAGCAGCUACUCUGAAGUUACAAAGGAAAGGAAGUCUGUACCGUCCAAUGAGUUUGGCUGUAUUAAACAAAAACAACGAUUGUGAUAGGGUUCCUACUGGUUUCAGCGGACAGUUGACCAAAGAAGGACCGAUUCUAAAACCUCAAAGAUCAUCCUGCAAGACUGUCGAUUUGGAUGUACCGAGUUUCGUUUCGAACAACACCUGGCACAAAUCCAUACAUUCUCUAAAAAGAACGCACUCCUUUCAAAAUAAUUACGACAAAGAUGUACAGAACAAAAAGCAGGAUUACACUUAUCUGUUGGACGAGCUCAACACCGAACAAAAAUCUGAAUGUUGGGCAGUAGCCAAGAUGAUUGAUUUCGCGCACGCUUUCCCUGCCGAAAAUUGUGAUAUAGAUAAGAAUUAUUUGGACGGCAUUGAAAAUUUGGUUCGGUUCUUCGAAGAACUGCUCAUAGAAAGCGAUUGAUUGAGAUUUUUUUCAUUGGUCAUCACAUAUCGAGAUAUUUUUUUCCUCCAUUUGUACUUAUCACAAAUAUAACUGUGUAUUAUUUUUAUAAUAAUUUAUUAAAUCGCCAAUAAAGGUUUCCACGACAA